UUGCCAUUAUUUUCGAAAUAGGCGCUCCUUCCUCUUCUUCUUCCUCAUCUCUCUCUCUCUCUCUCUCUCUCUCUCUCACGCACACAAGGGUAUUGGACCGGUGAUAGAAAACGCUAGCUCCAAUUAGAAGAUGUUCACCGAAGGGCUUGACGAGAACGCCAUAAACUGGAUCAAGAAGGGAUCUUUAAAUCCAGAUCACGAGCAAAUUCAAAUUCAGCCUCGCGUCAGAUCCCCUCUCGCCGAGAAUCUCUCUCCGGGUGCGUUUCCUCGAUCUCCUCUUCCCCUCACUUCCACUGGAAACUUCGCUUCUCCACACGGUUUGCCUCCAUUGAAGUUCCACGGUCUCUUGGCACCUCACAUGCUCGUCUCUCCAUGCAUCCGUGAUGGUGAAAACGACGAAGACGAGGAUGAGAGCGUUGCAUCGGUUUCUGAUGUCGGGGACGGCGGAGAUUUGUCUGACUAUGACAUGGACGUAGAUGAUGAUGACGAUGACGAGGAGGAGGAGAUGAUGAUGGUCGGGAGACGUUAUGAUGAAGGGGAAGUAUUCGGGUAUGGGUCGACCUCGAAGUUGAACAGAGGGAUAUUGAAGGAUCAGAAUUUGAGAAUUGAAAUCCCAAAUGGGAACCGAAGAGUCACUGACGGUUUCCCGGAGUCUGAAGGAGAUGCUCUUCUAAUAGAGGUUCAAGAUAAGAAGAAAUCAGUGCAAGGAAAAGCAAUAAUUCCUGUUUCAUCCUUGACUGACAAUCUGAAUGAAAAUGUUAGUUGGUGGCCAAUAAGCCACGGUGAACAAGAAUGUGUGGGGAAGAUUCAACUCUUUAUCGGCAACACAGCCGCAUCUGAUGAUGAUCAUCAUAUAAAGGUUGAACGGACCUUGGAAAUGGUUGCUGCUGAACGAUCCCAUACGCUGAAUUCUCGGGAUUCUUCCUCUUAUGGGAACGUAGAAGAUAUGGGAACUCCGAGUGCGCCGCCAAUUAUGGAAAUCGGACAAGAAGAUAGAGAAUUGGGAAUGGAUAACGAAGCAGAGCCGAGUGAAGGUGGAAUUUGCCGACAAGCAGAACUUGAGAAUCAUCACAGAAACAUAGGAGGUGUAGCUGGUGAUAGCAGUUCACAUAUGUAUCCAGAUGUAGAACUCGAAGAAAGUAUGAAGAAUAAUGCUAGAACCAGAGAAGAUGCUCAAAUCCCUUACUGGCAAAUAAGCUCGGACAAGUUAGGUUGUCAUAGCAUAAGUGGUCAAUAUGCGUGGCAAAGUCUUGUAGCAUACGAUGCUUGCAUAAGGCUAUGCUUGUAUGCAUGGUCCAAGGGUUCUCCUGAGGCACCCGAGUUUCUGCGGGAUGAAUGUCUUCUUCUCCGAAGUGCCUUUGGAUUACAUAAGUUCCUCUUGCAACCUCGGGGUGUAAGACUCACUGAAGAAACCACAAAUAUGAAAACAGAACAAAAGCCCUCCCUGAAGACAAAGAAUGUGGUCAGAAAAAUAAGGGUGGAAGUAAAGAGGAUUCGGUUGAUACCUCAGCGCAAGCUAAGGAGCUCAAAUUCUCUACGAAGUAUGAUGCAAAUGCAAAUGGGGGCAGAUUAUGUCAGACAAGUUUCAUCUCUUGUGAAGACUGGGAUGAAUUCUCUUAAACAGGCUACCCUUUCUGCAGUUUCAGAAGAGCAAUUUUCAUGCUUCCUUCAAUUGAAAAGUAUAACAGAAGGUGGUCAGAUUGAAGAAGAUUCUGCUGUUUGUUUGCAACCGGGAACUGGUGAUUACCAUGUCUUUUUCCCGGAGUCUGAAGGAGAUGCUCUUCUAAUAGAGGUUCAAGAUAAGAAGAAAUCAGUGCAAGGAAAAGCAAUAAUUCCUGUUUCAUCCUUGACUGACAAUCUGAAUGAAAAUGUUAGUUGGUGGCCAAUAAGCCACGGUGAACAAGAAUGUGUGGGGAAGAUUCAACUCUUUAUCGGCAACACAGCCGCAUCUGAUGAUGAUCAUCAUAUAAAGAGUGCACCAGUUGUGGAAACUCUAGCAUAUGAUUUGCUUCUCGAUGCUGCUAUCCGUGCCCAAAACUUUCAUUCUCGAAACAUGAGGUUGAACGGACCUUGGAAAUGGUUGUUAAGUGAAUUUGCAGAUUACUAUGGAGUUUCUGAUUCAUAUACCAAGUUGAGGUAUCUUUCACAUGUAAUGAAUAUGGCAACUCCCACAAAAACCUGUUUGCAGCUUGUGCAUGAGCUACUUGUGCCCAUAUUAAAGGCUCGGAGUGAGAGAAAUUUAACCAGACAGGAGAAAAGCAUAUUUUUGGAUUGCGAGGCACAAAUAGAAAAAUUGUUGUCAAAUGUUUUUGAGAACUAUAAAUCCUUGGAUGAGAACUGUCCCUCCGGGUUGGCAGAUAUGUCUGGUCCGAUGCAAGAGUCAGCAUCACCGGCGCUUUCUCCUGCUGUUCAGGUUUUCAGCCUCCUUCAUGAUAUAUUGUCUCCAGAGUCACAAAACGUUAUGAAGAAUUACCUCGAGACAGCAGUAAAGAAGAGGUGUCGGAAGCAUAUGGUUGAGACUGAUGAAUAUGUUUCCAGCAACUCUGAAGGUUUUCUCUUGGAUUCUAUCACGGUCUCCACAGCCUAUUUGAAAAUGAAAAAUCUCUGUCUUAGCUUAAGCAAGGAAAUAGUGACCGAUAUAAAGAUCAACAAUGAACAUGUACUCCCAAGCUCAAUCGAUCUUGCAAACAUAUCAGCUGCUGUAUACAGCACUCAACUAUGUAACAGGCUCAGAGCAUUUCUUUCAGCAGUGCCACCAUCUUGCCCACAGCCUCAUGUCAAUGAGCUUCUGAUAUCAGUUUCAGAUUUUGAACGGGAUCUCGACUCAUGGGGCAUAAGUCAUGUACAGGGUGGUGUAGACUCCAGGAGCUUAUUCCACAAUUACAUAAUGGUUUGGAUAAACGAUAUGGAACUUAGGCUUCUUGAUCGCUGCAAAGCAGAAAGGGUUCCUUGGUCUGGUGUAAUGACGAAUCACUCCACGUCACCAUUUGCCGAGGAUAUGUACGAGAGAAUCAAAGAUUCCCUUAUUGAGUAUGAAGUGGUGAUUAGCCGAUGGCCACAGUACACAUUGAUCUUGGAAAAUACGGCUUCAAAUGUGGAGAGAGCGAUCGUUAAAGCAUUGGAGAAGCAAUACAAUGAGAUAUUGACUCCUUUAAAAGACAGCAUUCCUAAGAGACUGAAUAUGCAUGUCCAGAAGCUGACAAGAAGGCAGUCUUCAACUCUCUACUGUGUUCCAAGUCAACUGGGAACUUUCCUGAACACCAUCAAGAGAAUUCUCGAUGUUCUACACCACAGAAUAGAGGAUAUCUUAAAACAAUGGGCGGCAUGUCUCCCCGUUAUUGAAGACAAGAAACCUCCCUUUGGUGAGCAAAUGAAUGUGAUCACGGUGAUGCUGAAGACCAAAUACAAAAACUACCUGCAGGCGGCGGUUGAGAAAUUGGUUAGCAAUACACAAGCCAACAAAAGCAUGCGGCUAAAGAGAAUCCUAGAGGAGAUGAGAGAAGAAGACAGAGAAGGCGAUGUGCGUGAACGUAUGCAGAUGCUUUGCUCGCAAAUUGUUGAAUCGAUCUCAAACUUGCACGACGUAUUCACCAGCCAGAUUUUCGUGGCAUCUUGCCGCCUUUUCUGGGAUAGGAUGGGACUGGUUGUUCUGAAGUUUCUCGAGGGCCGGAAAGAAAACCAACUGCGCUACAAAGGAUCUUACUUCGCUCUCGGUAUACUGGACGAUACGUUCGCAUCAGAGAUGCAAAGGCUGAAAGGCAAUUCACUUCAAGAGAAAGACGUGGAGCCUCCUCGCUCGGUGGUCGAAGCUCGUUCCAUUCUUUGCAGAGACACCACCAAUUCCGCCCAUCAUUCUUCCUCCUUCUUCUACGUCUAAAAACACCACAUUAAUAGUACAUAUACAUAUAAUAUAUAUUCAUUCCAUUUGUUCUUUUCCGUAUAUAAUUCACAUAUACUAUGGUUCUGAUGUUUCAUUUUGCAUUACAUGAUAUAUAUAUAUAUACACAGAUUAAUCUUACUGA